CGCUGAACAAAACAACAAAUUUUCAGGACGACGAGAAUUUCGGUCAAAAAAUCCUUCUGAUUUAGCAGAGCAGCUGGUUUUCAGUGUAAGGAGACGAUAAUACAGCAAAUAACUCGGAACAAAAGGUUCUAAAUGUCUCCUGAAGAUUAACUUGCCAAGUCAUUACGUAGAUUGAGAGAAAGAAAAAAAAACAGUGAUGUGGUCAUUUUUUUCAAGAGAUUCCAGCAAAGAUUUCCCCUACGAGUUGGGAGAGCCUAUCGAUGGAUUUGAGUCCAAGUCCAUAUUUUCAUUGCACAAGGCCAAACGAAAAGGCUCGAACGAAGAAGUGUCGGUGUUCGUUUAUGACAUCAAAGCUGGGAGUGAUACGAAGCUGGAAAUCGCAAGGGCACUCCUAAAACGCCUAAAAACUCUGAGACAUCCUUCGAUUUUACAAUACCUAGAUAGCUUGGAAACAGAUAAAGUCUUGUAUAUCGCCACAGAACAAGUGGAACCACUCUCGUUACACAUUGGAAAAUUGGGAGAGGGCCAGCAAAAGGAUCUUUAUUUGGCUUAUGGAGUAUUUCAAAUUACGAGGGCACUGUCUUUUUUAAAUAAUGAUGGCAAUCUCAAACACAACAACGUAUCAGUUUGGUCAAUUUUUGUGAAUAACUCAUCCGACUGGAAGCUUGGUGGAUUAGAAUAUGCAACACCUACUGACAUGACCCCUCCACCAAUCAAAAUUAUUCCAGCUCUAGAAAUCUAUGAUCCACCAGAAAAAAAUGAGCCAAACAGAUUGAAGCAAAUGACAAAGUGUUCUACUGACAUGUGGGGACUUGGUUGUCUUGUGUGGGAGGCAUUUAAUGGGCCAUUAAGAGUUCGUUCAAAUUUGAAAGACUUAGAAAAUAUUCCAAAAGCGUUAUCAACAUUAUACAUGGAAUUAGUGAGUGCAUCACCACAGACAAGACCUAAUCCCGCUGAUAUAAUAACGCGAUGUAGAAAACCUGGUGGAUUUUUCAAAAACGAUUUAGUAGACUCACUCUUGUUCCUAGAGGAAAUACAAAUUAAGGACAAAGCAGAAAAAACUAGAUUCUUCAGUAAUCUUACAGCCCAAUUAGAUAACUUUCCAGAUAACGUAUGCAAAAACAAAAUACUUCCUCAAUUAAUAACGGCUUAUGAAUACGGUGAUGCUGGUUCGGCAGUCUUGGCACCGUUAUUCAAGCUUGGACGCUUGCUAGAUGAACAGGAAUACCAAAAAAAGAUUGUGCCAUGUGUAGUAAAGCUGUUUGCAUCGAGUGAUCGAGUUACGCGUUCGCGCUUGUUGCAACAACUGGAGCUAUUUAUUGCUCAUUUGCAGCCCAAUGUCGUUAAUGAUCAGAUAUUUCCGCAAAUUGCACAUGGAUUCCUGGAUACGAAUCCAACGAUACGGGAACAAACUAUCAAAUCAAUCAUACAUUUGGCACCAAAACUAAACUACAACAAUUUAAAUGUGGAAGUUUUGCGUCAUUUUGCUCGUCUACAGUCGCGCGAUGAUCAAGGCGGCAUUAGGACAAAUACAACAGUGUGCUUGGGUAAAAUUGCGCCUCAUUUGCAUCCACAGGUCAGACAACGGGUUUUAAUUUCGGCAUUUAUUCGUGCAAUGCGUGACCCCUUUCCACCGGCACGAGUGGCUGGUUGCUUGGCAUUGGCCGCUACACAGCAAUAUUUUUUGCUUGUGGAAGUGGCAAAUCGAAUACUACCAGCGUUGUGUCCUUUAACGGCAGAUCCCGAAAAGUCUGUGCGUGAUCCGGCAUUCAAAACUAUCAGGGGAUUCGUAGGAAAACUCGAAAAGGUUUCCGAGGAUCCAAGUUUGAGGGAGAGUAUGGAAGUAGAUGUCAAUACGGCUACACCAUCAUUGACGAAUUCGGCCGCGACGUGGGCUGGAUGGGCCGUAACAGCUGUAACGGCCAAAUUUUACCGAAGUCAAAGUGAUACUGCUCGACCAAGGCCACCAAUGUCGGGCCGGACACUUUCGAAACCGGCUUCCUUGGAACAGCCUUCAAGUUCAUCAAUUUCCACGACUACGUCAUCAGUUACCAGCAUGACAUCGCUGGAACACGAAAGUAAUGAGACAUCUGCGUCGGCUAGCGAUUACGGUGCCGAAAACUGGGAUCACGAAAAUUGGGGCGACAUGGAUACAUCGCAAGAUCCAAGUAGUCCGAUGGCAGGAAAUUCAUCACAAAUAAGCCAACUCAAUUUAAUCAAUAACGACGUCAGAGACGGAUGGGAUAACGAAGACUGGGGUAGUUUGGAAGAAGAACCUUCUGUUUCCUCAAACUCUUUGCAGAAUGAGGAGGAAGAAGAAGAACGUGAAAUGCAGAAAACGCAAACAAAUAGUCCGGCUAUAAGACCUACUAGCAUAUCUACUAGUAAUUCAAACAAUAAUCAAGUUCAUCACAACAAUUCACACUACAUGAAUAAUGACUCGAAUGUGCAACAUAAUGACACUCCAACCUUAAACAGCACAAAUUCGCCCAACAAUACGUCAUGGAACCAGUUUGACGCGUGGGGUGACGGGGAAUUCGAACCGAUAGACGAUACGCAACAAAAAACGAAUCCGAAAUUAGAGGAAGCGAAGCGAAAACGAGAGGAGAAAAAACUACAGCGACAACAAGAAUUUGAACAGAGACGUGCCUCUAGAUCGAAUCCAUUAAAACUAGGAGCUAAGAAAAUGGGACCGCUUUAAUUUAGUUUCAUCUGCGAUUAUUAUUUUUUUUUUAAUCCAUUAAAUCAUUAACAAGAAGAAUUUAAUUGACUUGAAAGAAAAGGAAAGAAGGAAAAGUCUUUAUAAAGUUUUAUUUUAAUAUGUAUAUGUGAGAUAAAAGCAAAGCUUUACUAUCGAAAAAUUAGAUAAAAUUUUCUUGAUAAAAAUAUAUAAUGUUUAAGCAGACUUAUUACAAUUAUUACAAAAUAUUACAUGAUGAUGAUUGAAGGAAAUGUGUCGUUGAACACUCUUCAUGAUGAUUUUAAAUAAAUUUUUCCU